UGUCUCCACCCACAUUUAAACUAUAUUUAUACAGUGCUUUUUUAGUGAGAGCUCACUGUCUUCAUCAUGAUCAUCAUCUCUCUGCUCCUGCUGGCCUCUCUGCUGCCACACAUGACCUUCACUGCUCAAGUUAAUGUGGGUAUAGUGAAUGGCCGGGUAGCAAAACCCCACUCCAGACCUUACAUGGUUUCUCUUCAGAUGAACAAGCAACAUAUCUGUGGUGGAUUUCUCAUUCAUGACCAGUUUGUCUUGACUGCUGCACAUUGCAGAGAGAAAAAUAUGAUACUGACAGCUGUGAUUGGGGCACAUAACCUAAAAAAUGAGAAUGAGGGGUCUGUCCGCAUCGGAGUGAAGUCUUACCACAAGCAUCCAGGCUAUAGGCCUGGCAGACCUUCAACUCUGAAUGACAUUAUGCUUUUGAGGCUACAAAAAAAAGUCAAAGAAAACAAUAAAGUCAAGAUUAUUAAAAUACAAAGACAAAAGGGAGACAUCAAAGCUGAUUCUGUCUGCAGUGUUGCUGGCUGGGGAAGCCUACGGACUAAUGGCUCAGCUAAUGAUCGUCUAAUGGAGAUGAAAGUGUAUAUAAUGGAUAACAAAGAAUGUGAAAUAAGAUGGGGAGAGAUCUACUCAGUUCCAAAGAUGAUGUGUACAUAUGGCAUUGGUGGAUUCUGCGAUGGAGAUUCUGGGGGUCCUUUGGUUUGUGGAGACACUGCAGUUGGUAUCGUAUCAUUUCAUGUCUUGUAUCGCUGCAAUUCGCCUAUGUAUCCUAAUGUAUAUACUAAGAUUUCACCUUAUCUGGAGUGGAUCAGCAAAAUAAUCAAAAAUGUCAAGUAAAUUCAUGAAUUUAUUUCAAUAAAAGUAUCACAUGACAAUCA